AUACGUGGGAAACAAAUAAAUGAUGAAAUACGUGGGAAACAAAUGAAUGAAGAAAUACGUGGGAAACAAAUGAAUGAAGAAAUACGUGGGAAAAACACGGAGGGACAAACGCCUCAAGAGAAGUUGAGAGGAUUGCUGUCUGGAAAGAAGUUUUUACUUGUACUUGAUGAUGUUUGGAAUGAUAGCUACGGCCCUUGGGACAGAUUACAAGAACUUUUUGUAUUGGGAGCCCCAGGGAGCAAAAUCAUUGUUACAACACGCAAUAAGGAUGUCGCAAAAAUCAUGAGAAUAGAUGGUUGGGUUUAUACUCUUGAAUUGCUCUCAGAUAAUGAUUGUUUAUCAAUUCUUGCCAGACAUGCACUAGAAAGAGAAGAUUUUAAUUCAUAUGAGGAAUUCAAAGAAAUUGGUGGAAAAAUAGUGAAGGAUUGCGGAGGGUUGCCUUUGGCAGUAAAAAGCAUUGCAGGACUCCUUCGUGGAUGUCAAUUAAAUCCUAGGAGUUGGAGGGAGGUAUUAAAAGAUGAGACAUGGAAGUCAUCAGAACGGCAUGACGGAAUUCUUCCUGUAUUGAGAUUUAGCUAUCAUCAUCUUCCUUCUCAUUUGAAAGGAUGCUUUGCAUACUGUGCUAUAUUUCCGAAUGGUUUUGAAUUCGAUGAGGAUGAUUUGGUUUUAUUAUGGAUGGCACAGGGCCUUCUUCGACAAAAACAGAAAGAUGGAGAGGGGCAUCAUCGACAACAACAAAUAGAUGAAGUGAAGGAAAUGAAAAGCUUAGGUCAUCAAUGCUUUCGUGAUUUGUUAUUGAGGUCGUUUUUUCAGCGAUCAAGCAGCAAUUUAUCACUCUAUGUUAUGCAUGACCUUGUGAUUGAUUUAGCUCGAGAAGUUGCUUCAGAAACUUGCUAUCAACUAAGUUCAUCGGUGAACACAAAACCAGAAGUCACUCGCCAUCUUUCAUUCUUUCUUGGUCAAUAUGAUACUUAUCAGAGAUUUGAAAUGAUGGAGAAAAUGAAGAGUUUGCGGACAUUUCUACCACUAUCUCUAGCUGGCAGCAAUGGAUGGAACUUCUUAUCAAAUAGAGUUGUGAAUGAUUUGUUUUCAAAGUUGAGAUGCUUAAGGGUCUUGUCUUUAAGUGGUUAUAGGAUAAAGAAGGUUCCAGAUUCAAUUGGAGAUUUGAAGCUUUUGUGCUAUAUUAAUUUAUCUGGCACUUCAAUCCAAAGUCUGCCUAAUUCUAUGAGUUUUCUUCUAUACUUGCAGACAUUGAUAUUGUGCAACUGUGGAAGCCUUACUCGAUUGCCAGAGGGUAUUGUGAAUUUAGUUGACUUGCUUCAUCUUGAUAUUGCUGGUACAUGGAAGUUAAAGGAGUUACCAUCAGGAAUUGGCCGGCUGACAAAUCUUUUGACUCUGUCCAAAUUUAUUAUUGGGAAAGAUGGUGGGCUAAGAUUGGGAGAGUUGAAAAACUUGAAGCAUCUUCAAGGCAGAUUACUCAUCUCAGAUCUGCAUAAUGUCUUAAAUUUUCGAGAUGCUAAUGAAGCCAACCUAUAUGAGAUUGAGGGCCUCGAUGAGUUAGUCUUGCAAUGGACCAAUGAUUCGCAGAUUUCACGAAAUGUAAGCAAUGAAGAUAAGGUACUUGGUCAGAUGAAACCUCAUCACAAUUUAAAGAGGUUUACGAUCAAGUUCUUUUGUGGAUUGGAAUUUCCAUCUUGGAUAGGUGAUCCAUCAUUUUCCAAAUUGGAGUACCUGGAACUAUAUGGUUGUCAAAACAUCACUUCACUACCAUCCCUUGGGCAAUUAUCAUUGCUAAAAGAAUUGAUCAUAAAAGGCAUGCCUGAGUUUAAUGGAGAUAAUUCCUCUUUUGGUAGUUUUUCAUCACUAGAGGAGCUGACAUUGGAGGACUGUUGCAAGUUGAUCGGAAAAUUUCCUGACCACCUUCCUUCUCUCAAAAGUCUUGUGAUUAGAAGGUGUCCUCAAUUAAGUUGUUCACCAUUGAGUCUCCCAUCACUUCGAGUGUUGGAAAUAACAGAUUGUAAUGAGGCAAUCCUUAGGAGCAUGAUGAAUGUCACUUGCCUCACCUCUUUGGAGAUUAAGAGAAUUUCAAAGCUUACCUGCUUGCCUAAAAGCAUAACACAGUUCUUGUCAGCUGUUGAAACAGUAGACAUUGAAGAAUGUGAUGAACUUACUUGCUUGUGGGAGGACGGAGCUAGUCUUCUCAGUCUUAAGUGUCUAAGGAUUAAGAAGUGCCCUCUACUUGUAUCCUUGCCAGACCUUCUGCCUUCUAGUCUUGAAAUUUUGAGUUUAGAAAAGUGUGAUAACCUUGAUUGCCUACCUAAUGGACUGCAUGCUCUCACUUGCCUUAAGGAAUUGUCCAUAAAAAAGUGCAAAAAAUUUGUGCGCUUUCCAGUAAAUGGCUUGCCAUUGCAUCUCAAAAUGCUUCAGCUCAAGGAUUUGGUGGUUUUGGAGUCAUUGCCUGAUGGAUUGAUGAAAAUUGGGGAUGGAGGCAACAAUAUGCUGCAACUUGAAGAAUUAGUCAUUAAAGGAUGUGAACAGCUCAAAUCUUUUCCCAGAGACAAGUUACCCAGCACAUUGAAAAGGCUGAAAAUUCAGAAUUGUGAAAAUUUAGAGUCCUUACCAGAGGGAGUGAAUUUUGAACAUUUGGAGAUUUAUAAUCUCCCAUCUCUGAAGUGUUUUCCUAGUUCCAAGUUACUAAGUGCUCUUAAGAGGCUGGAAAUUAGGGAGUGCAAGCAAUUGGAGUCACUUCCAGACAGGUUGCUGCAGGAUUGUACACAACUUGAAGAGAUGCGGAUUGAGUAUGUGGAGAAUCUCAGAAGCUUACCUAUUGAUUUCAUGCACAACCUUAGCGGUCUUGUUGAAUUAGAGUUGGAUUCUUGUGAUGGUUUAGAGUCCUUGCCAGAAAUCGGCCCGUUGUCCGUCCCUAAUCUUGAAACUUUGAAGAUUUGGAAUUUGAAGGAUCUCAAGUCUUUACCCAAUGAGAUGUGCGACCUUACGAGGUUUUCCUCUAAACCUAGAAACACUUGUAAUCGGAUGUGGAGGCAUGAGGCAGUCGAUGUUAGGGUGGGGCCUCAACAGACUUACCUCACUUAAAUCAUUCGGAAUUGGGUGGAUAUGUCCUCCGGAUAAUUUGCAGCUUCCGGUUUCUCUAAGAAGUCUUACUAUAGGAUGGAUGGAAAAUUUGAAAUCCAUAUCAAAAGGCCUCCUUCGAAACCUCUCUUCCCUCGAGCAUUUAUGUUUU